AUGGAUACUCUCGUAGCCCGCUACAGCCGCCCGGCAGCCCAGAGGGAGACCUUCGCCGACGACCAGCACGAUGAUCUCCACGACGAUACCACCAACAGCAUGUCUCUCAAGUUCGCCAUGCCCCCCAUAGCGCAGCCCUCGGCCUGGCUCCGCGCAGCGACAGACGACCGCGCGAACCCGCAGUGUCCCAUCAAGAUUGCCCACGGCACCACCACCCUCGCCUUCCGCUUCCAGGGCGGCAUCAUCGUCGCCACAGACUCGCGAGCCACGGCCGGCAACUGGAUCGCAUCCCAGACUGUCAAGAAGGUCAUCGAGAUCAACAACUGCCUGCUGGGCACCAUGGCCGGAGGCGCCGCCGACUGCCAGUACUGGCUGGCCUGGCUGGGCAUGCAGUGCCGCCUCCACGAGCUGCGUCACAAGCGCCGCAUCUCGGUCGCCGCCGCCUCCAAGAUCCUCGCCAACCUCGUCUACCAGUACAAGGGCAUGGGCCUGUCCAUGGGCACCAUGUGCGCCGGCGUCACCAAGGAGGAGGGCCCCGCCCUGUACUACAUCGACAGCGACGGCACGCGCCUGGCCGGCAACCUGUUCUGCGUCGGCUCCGGCCAGACCUUUGCCUACGGUGUGCUGGAUGCCGAGUACCGCUACGACCUGAGCGAGGAGGAAGCCCUGGCCCUGGGCAGCAGAAGUAUCCUGGCCGCCACCCACAGAGACGCCUACUCGGGUGGUUUCAUCAACCUGUACCACGUCAAAGAGGACGGCUGGGUUAAGCAUGGCUUCAGCGACACGAACCCCAUCUUCUGGAAGACGAAGCUGGAAUCGGGCGAGUUCACAAACGUUACCAGUGAUUUCGUCGGCGAGAGGGUGUAA